AACUAAACCGUCACCAGAAACCGUUUCAAAAAUACAGCGCCGGGUGGAUAAUAUGAUCGAAACAGAAUGGGAACAAAGGAGAAAGUACCUGCUGCAGAUGGACCAUGACCGUCGUUUGCGACAACCAGCAGCCGGACCGGCGUACGUCAACGUUGCCAUGUACGUCAACACUGCUACGUACGUAAACGGAUCAGUUGGCGACGGUACAUCGUCGGGAAGUCGUCAGGAACAACAUUUCUAUGAGAAUCAGUAUCCACCUCCGCGUCACACGUACAUCAACAGGCCGAACCCACCGUAUGUCAACGUGAAGGAUUCUAACCAGCACAACAUGCGCCAAUACCAGUCUCUCGUGCCCCGACGUAGAUAAAUUGGUCGUUCGAGAGUACUCUCUUUGGCAGUUUUAAAAGACUGGUAGUUUUUGCUACGGGCAUAGAUAAUCAUGGACAUAUACACUUUAAUUUUUCCUUUAAAGAGGGUCUUAUUCCAUGUUUAUGCCCAAAUUUUACCAAAAAUGUUUGUGUUCAAACAUUUUUAUAUAUUGCAAACAACUAAUCUAUCCUCGCUAGCCUAUCAGUCUUCGGGGACUUGAACCCUCAUUUAAUAUAUUUUUUCUAAUAUUUGAAAAAAAAUUCUAUGCUGAGUAUUGUAUACUUGUAAUACGUACUCAUGUAGUAAUUGUGUUAAUUACGGCAUGAAAAUAAGUUAACAACUUGACUGUGCCGUUACCAUUAUAUAUCUUGUCAAUAUAUUUUUCAAUAUUAAAAAUUUGGCUAGGGCUUGUAUUAAUGUCUGUGUCAGACGUUUGUGACGGCCAUUUAUUUUAAAGGUUUUAUUUUUGUUUGGCUAGCAGACAAUGCUUGAGGUUUGAGCUAUGUAGUUGUGCAUAGUUUGUAAAUGUAUUUAGUUAUGUCUGGGUAUCCGCACAAGCUAUUUAGUUGUGCAUUUAGCUCAAUGAUCAAAAAUUACACUGAACCUUUUUUUUUUAAGUGUCUGCAAUAGAUAAUUGCGUAAGUCAUGUUCAGUUUCAUCGUAAUAUCAAGAUAUGGACGCUCGUAUGGUCUGGGAUUUUAUUUCAAAUCUCAAACGUACAAGAUUGCUCUGCAAUACUAAUAGAAUAUUCUAUAAUACGGCAGAAUGUAUUACUACGCUUAACAGCUCAUCACAUAUCAUUGACAUAAAUAUUUACAUUGAACUAUACAUUUACUUACGUUUCUGACGAAUGUUAUUCUGGUCAAACGUACCUAGAUAACGAUAUAUCUUCCAUGAUACGAAAAUAAACAUUUACUCUUAAGUCACGACUCAUAUGAAUGUAUGGAUAAAUGUGUCCAAACUAGAUACGCUAUACGAUAUCCACACAGUUCUCUUGUUAUCAGUACAUGCCAAAAAAA